AUGCGAUCUGGCUCGGGGGCCCGACUGCUGGAAAAGAUGACUCAGAAUGGUCAGUCAAUGCAGAUUUCUUCAACACUGUGGGUAUCAGAAAUCGAGGCUGUAGGCGGAGGGACUCAAUGGCUGCUAGAACCAUUUCAAGUCGGCGAGGCACCAACCUUCAUUGAGCAUGCUAAGGCAGGCUUGGACGAGCUGGCUAGCAAUGAGCGAGCUAUUCUUGUCUUUUCUGGAGGUCCAACGAAGCCGAAAGAGACUGACCGUUCAGAAGCUGAAAGCUACUUUAGUCUCGUACAUGCCAAUGCCUUCUUCGGCCAUCCUGCCACAGUCGCUAGCAGAAUCUUCACCGAAUGCUACGCAACGGACUCGUUCCAGAAUAUCCUCUUCCCAUUGCUCUUCUUCCCAGCCUUCGUAAGUUCAGGUAUGGAGUCAUGUUCACCUAAACCUCCGCCUCAGCAAUGUCAAGCUUUCCCUUCCCACCUCACCAUAAUCUCUCAUGCUUUCAAGCGACACCGCUUCACUGCUCUGCACCUCCCAGCACUGCGAUAUCCAACCGCACCAGAGCGCUUGAGGUACAUCGGCAUCGACCCACCGAUGGACGAGACAAAGCGUGCUGAGGUAGAGGUAGGAGAGCUCUCCCGAGGUGUUAGGGCUUGGGAGCAGGAUCCAUACGGUGUUGGAAAGAUUCUGGGAGAAAAGCGGCGGGUUCGAGGCUGGACGAUGGAGCAAGAGGUCAAAGUAUGGACGCAAGUGCGUAGCAAUACAGAAGUAAGCAAAAUCAAGAAUGUGAUGAGCUUUCCCGAGUGGUUACGUGCCAGUCUAGAGGAGGGAGUUUCCGAUCCCAGUAUCCUGCCUUGGUCCUGA